GCACGUGUCUCCUGUACGUCUCCCCAGGUCCACAAUCUGCAGGAGCUCCGGCGAAGUGCCUCGCUGGCCACUAAGGUCUUUAUCCAGAGAGACUACAGUGAUGGGACCAUUUGUCAAUUUCAGACCAAAUUCCCCCCAGAGCUGGACAGCCGGAUUGAGCGGCAGCUCUUUGAGGAGACUGUGAAGACCCUCAACAGCUUCUACGCGGAGGCCGAGAAGAUUGGGGGCAGCUCCUACCUGGAGGGCUGCCUGGCCUGUGCCACGGCCUACUUCAUCUUUCUCUGCAUGGAGACCCACUAUGAGAAGGUUCUCAAGAAGAUCUCGCGCUACAUCCAGGAGCAGAAUGAGAAGAUCUUCGCCCCUAGAGGCCUCCUACUCACAGACCCCGUGGAGCGUGGGAUGAGGGUUAUCGAGAUCUCCAUCUAUGAGGACCGGUGCAGCAGUGGCAGCUCCAGCAGCGGCAGCAGCAGUGGCAGCGGCAGCAGCAGCGGUGGGGGCGGCGGGGCAGGGGCCCGGUGACUGGCCGAGAGUCCCUGCAGGGAGGUGUACGGCUGGACUGAGGGCCUUGCAGACCUGCGGCGGCUGCGCUACCAGAGCACCCGCUUCUGAGUCUUUCUCUGGGCCCACCCUGCUGCCCAGGGCGGGAGGGAGGGGGACCGGCCCUGUGUUGCCUGGCGGCCAUCCACCCAUGCCCCCUGCCCUUUGCCCCCUGGCAGGAUGGUCCGGUUCCUGACCUGGCUCUUACCCAGUGGGGCUGGUCUCGGUCACACAGAGGCAGCAGGUCUUCCAGGGGGAGGCUGGGGUGGGGACAGCACAAUUUGAACAACCCUUUUCCUCUGCAGCUCCUCCCCCAACACCCCAGGAAAGGAUCCAGGUCUGUCCCGUAGAGAAUUCCCAUCCUGCAUGAUUCUUCACCCCAAAUCCACAGGCCUUGCUCCCUCGGGGCCCUGCUCCUCAUGGCUGUCUCCCAGCACCUGCUUCUUCUGAUGCCACCACGGGGCCUCUGCCUGUCUGUGGUCCUGCCUCCACUGAAUCCCACGUCUGGAGAGACAGGAGCGGUCAGCCUAUGGGUGCUGUGUGGAGAGCUGUCCAGCCCCCUCCUGACCUCUUCUAGAUUGAUGGUGUCCCUGUCCUCCACCCAGAGCCUGGAGGCUAUCUUGGCCUUGCCAAGAGGUGUCCAACUCCUGUGACUUUGCAGGCCUCCAGGUGUUAUGUGGGGUCCGGAGAAAUGCUUCCUGGAGAGAUGCAGCCUUGGAGGGGGGGAGUUGAACCUCCAGAAAUGAAUCCAACUUCCUGAGAUUAGAGCCUGCAUGUGUGUGAGAAUGAGUGUGUGUGCACGCAAGCACGUGUGUGAGUGCACUAUGUGCACGAAUGCACGUGUACGUGUGAGCGCAGGUGUGCAUGAGUGCACUGUGAGCACACGUGUGAGUGCAGGUAUGUGUGCGAGUGCACUUGUAUGUUCCCCUUCCUGCUGGGACAGGGACUGCCCCUCUCUGCAGCCUGUCACAUCUUCCCACGGGAUGGUCUGUGGCUGCGUCCCAGUGUGGGUGCAGCCUGACUCCCUGUAAAUAAAUGUUCUGAUGCCCCUUGCCCCUUACCUGGGACUGCCAGCUUGACUCUUCUCCCUGGCCUCUCCCCGACCUGCAAGGUUCUCCUCACCUUCUGACUCUGCUGCGUACAUUCUAACAAAAAGGAAGUUAAGGUUCCAGGAGAGCAAAGCCAACCUUCCAGGGCCUUCUAUGGCCCACUCCCAGUCCCCCGUAACAAGGCACCAGGGCCAUGAACACUGCAUACUCUGCCCGCCCGGGCUCAGGGGCCCUCUAAGUCUGUGCGAGCAAGGUUUCCUUGGAAGGUCAAAGGAGAUGCCGACCCGCAGGGGAAAGGCAGACUCCUUUCUUGGAAGGGGGGUCCGGCCAAUGAGGCCCUGGCUGCGGAGGCCCAGUGGGGCCAGUGGGAAGGAAGCAGCCCUGUCCUGGUGCCUGAAGAUGGACAGGAGGCUGCCUGCCUCAGCCAGCAGGAGGUGCUAAAGUGGAUA